CGUGGUACCACAGACCACUGUGUUGCCCCACCGCUCUUGAAUCAUUUUUGCAGGAGACUUCACGGCCCAUGCAAUGUGCUUAUUGCGGUUGAAGCUUUCUGUGAAAUCUUGCACCAGUCAGCACAUGUAAUCAUGGCUUACUUCAUGUUCACAGAACAAUAUCUCAUACCGGCCGGGCGCUGCUUUCAUUUUCAAUUGAUUCCAAGCUUCGGCAUGAAUGUUGGCACUUUCCUGAAUCUCUCAAUUGGCAUUGAUCGGAUAUUUUCAAUAAUAUUCCCCUUUUUCUAUUCCAAUGUGAGCCGACUUGUUUAUUUACCCGUUACGACUAUUCCUGCUUUAUGUUACGGUGCAGCAAUCAUGCUUGCAACUUAUGCAUUGCUGGAUGAGCAGUAA